AUGUGUUGUGUCGUCGCCAAUUGCACCGGGAACUACCGAUGCAUUCAUCGGUCGCGUCCUGCCCUGAAAUAUUUCAGACUUAAAUACCUGCCGUUCCCUUCAUAUGUAGCCGUGACGUCCCUAGCAUUGCACACUGCACUGGAUCUACUGGAGUCCAAGAGGGAGACGCAGCCAGCCUGCUCUUUGUGGAUUAUACUUUACUUAUUGUUGCUCUCCCUGUCAUCGUCACUACUCUCUUGCUCGAAUCUAUUCCGUCUACUUAUUACCGGUCAUCCUACAGAUGGUUCUGUCCAACGGGAGCUCACUAUACUUCUUGCUCAUCGUGCACCAAGACGUUUCAAUGCGGAGCCCGAAGUAGGAGCAUGGGCUGCUGAACAAGGUGCUCGAUCCAAGUAUGGCUUGGCUCAUUCGGAUGGUGCGACUUCCAAGCGCGCUGAAGGUUUGAAUCUCCUUGUCAACAUCGACCGAGAUACAUCAUAUUUUGGUUCGGUGGCGAUUGAUACUCCACCGGCUUUAUACAAUAUUAUUCUUGAUACAACCUUACGACCAUUCGUUACAUACGGAUCGGGCGCUGCGGGGGGGCAUCUUGUUCAGGACAGCGUUCAAAUGGCUGGUUUCUCGAACCCUAAGCAGGUUUUUGCUUCAUGCAACCAAAUGACGAAAGACUUGCUAUUUAGUCCGAUAUCAGGACUGAUGGGUCUUGCGUGGAAGUCACUUGCUGCGUCGGGAAGCACACCAUUUUGGCAGGCGCUAGUGGCUGCGAUAAAGGUGCAAAGAAAUUCAGUCCUGAACGAAACUGUGUCGGCGGCUAUCGACACUGCAUGCAGUAUGCCCGUCAAUGUGACAUUUGCGUUUGGAGGUGGGAAGGAUUGGUCGAUGGCUCCCGCCGAUUUCCAACUGCAGCAAAUUUUGAACUCGGACUGUCUCGGCGCCUUUUUUGAGAUCGAUCCAACUGGAUCGUCACCCCCUUGGAUCAUCAGCAAUACGUAUAAGAACGUCAUGUCUGUGUUCAAGUCUCCUUCGGUAGGCUUUGCGCAGCUCUCCUCGGCAGCCCGUGAACUCGGUAGCAAUACGGUGCCCACACCCACGAUUGGAACGUCUACUGUAUCGCCCAGCGAUACUGCUGGUGCUGCGGCUGCCCUCUUGGGGGGAAGCAGGUCCAAGUAUUGGCCUACACUGGCUGCCGUUAGGGCUAUCAUCCCCGCCUAUUAUAUGCGGUAUGAAGAGAUAUGGCCUUGGGGUGUAGACAGAUGUACCUGCAAUGCAGUGGACAUUGCCGUUUUCCUGCGAUCGCGGGUUAUGCAGGAGUGUUACAGGGAGCAUGGAAUAAGAACCAAAGUGUGCCCAUAA